AUGUCUUGCAAGAAAGAAUACAUGAACAAUAACAACAUAACUGUUAUAUUGUUGGAGACCGAAAAGAAAGACGUAGAGAACCAAACUGUGGAAGAGGAUCCUCUGACGAAAGCCAUCGGAGCUCUCGGGAAAUGGCAAAUAUGGAUAUGCUUCGUCGUAUUCCUUGUCAAAUUCCCAGUGGCCUGGCAUCAGAUGAGCAUCAUAUUCCUCGCACCACCCAUGAACUUCACAUGCGCUGAGACACAAGUUGAAGAUAAGUUUGAUAACGUCUGCCACGCUAACUGUACUGACUUCGAGUACGACCGCAGUAUCUUCAAAGAAACGAUCAUAUCACAAUGGGACCUGGUGUGUGACAAACAAUGGCUGAAGAACCUCACACAGACGAUCUUCAUGCUCGGCAUCCUUGUGGGAAACAUGAUGUUCGGCCAUCUCUCUGACAGAUUCGGACGUCGUAAUCCAUUCUUGGCAGCAGUUUUCCUGCAGCUGAUAUCAGGAGUGACCACAGCGUACUCAGUCAACUGGUACAUGUUCACGACUCUUCGAUUCUUCCUCGCAGUGGCCACUGGAGGCACGAUGGUGACUAGCUUCGUCCUAACAAUGGAACUGAUUGGAGCUAAAUACAGAGACACUGUCGGAAUAAUCUACCAGAUCCCUUUCAAUCUUGGACACUUGACUCUACCCUUAUUCGGAUACUACCUUCGGGAUUGGAGCACCUUCCAGCUUGCGAUCUCACUGCCAUCUGUUUUGUUCCUGAGCUACUACUUCCUACUCCCUGAAUCGCCAAGAUGGCUUCUAACUGCUGGAAGGACGGAGGAAGCUGUCAAAAUUAUGGAAGUUGCGGCGAAAAGAAACGGUAGACCAACAGAAGGAAUAGCAGUAUCUUCACAGAAGAUUGUAGUUGACAACGAUGGUAAACAAGAAGAGCAUGCAUCGUUCAUAGAUCUCUUCCGUACGCCACGCCUACGUGCGCGCACUAUCGCUAUCUGUUUUAACUGGUUCGUGUGUGGACUCUGCUUCUUCGGGGUCUCACAGUACAUGAGCCACAUAUCUGGAGAUAUCUUCACCAAUGUUGCUAUCUCCGCUGCUAUUCAGGUUCCUGGAACCCUGAUCUCCGUCUACACCAACAAAGUUCUGGGCCGCAAAAUCACUCUGAUCAGUGCGAACUGCAUCACUGGAAUCAGCUGUCUCCUCAUCAUCGUCGUCCCUCAGUCUGGAGCCAGUCACUUGACACUUGGCUGCACAGGCCUCUUAGGGAUGAGCAUCUCCUUCGCCACCGUGUAUUUAUACGCAGGGGAGCUAUUCCCAACUGUUGUUAGAAACUCAGGAGUUGGACUGUCAUCGACAGUUGCCCGAAUAGGGUCGAUGGUAGCUCCCUUCGUUGCCACUCUGUCUCACACAAGUGCUUGGCUACCACCUCUGGCGUUUGGUAUUGUGCCAUUGAUAGGCGCUGGACUUUGUAUGCUUCUACCUGAUACCCGUGGAAGGAAAUUACCCGACACAUUAGAAGAAGGUGAAGCGUAA